AUGUAUAAUCCAUACUCCAAUGCAGGGGAUGCACACCAAGUGAACGGCCACCACGCACAGCAGCAGCAACAACAACAACAAUCACAGCAACAGCCUUUCCAGCAAGUUCCAACUCAUAACCCACAAUUCCAGGCUGGUGGAAAUCCACAGUUGAAUGUUCCUUUUAACAAUGUGUUCAGCGACCCCCGGGCGACCAUGGGACUACAGUUCUCGCAGUCGGCGAUCAAUGCUGGCCAGCAAUACAUGCAAAACAACUUCAGCACCAUAAUGCACGGGCAGAAUAUCAAAACAUAUUUCAAAGUAUCGAACUCAUAUGUUUGGCACAAGCUUUACCUUAUUUUGCUGCCUUAUCGGAACAAGACGUGGGCUCGCGUUUACAGAACCUCCACCGACCAGAACAACAACUCCAUUGACGUGUUUGCCCCACCAUUGGAGGAUGUUAAUGCUCCCGACUUGUACAUCCCGGUAAUGGGUUACGUGACUUAUAUUUUGCUGUGGGCGAUUUUCUCUGGUAUAAAGGGCUCGUUCCACCCGGAGUUACUGGGAUACACGGCUACCAGAAUCCUUGCUCUGGGAGUAUUGGACGUAUUGUUUUUGAAGAUAGCCCUGUACACUCUUUCCGUUGAGUCAAAGUUUUGGGAUGUGGUGGCAUAUAGUGGUUACAAGUUCGUGUCUGUGUUAGUGAUCAUGUUGUUCAAAAACAUCUUCCAGGGCUCCAAGGUUGUAUACUACUUGUUCUCCGUCGGUGUUCUGUUUUCUCUGGGGUUCUUUCUCAUGAGAUCUCUCAGAUAUGUUUUGUUGCCCAGUGGCGGCAAUUCGGUGGUUUCGCAUGGGCAGAAGAAGAUGAGGACGAACUUUUUGUUCCUCUACUCGUUUCCGAUCCAGUUGUUUCUGGCCUGGUUGAUGAUAUGA